AUGGGAAAGGGUUUGUUGCCUGAUACACGUGAGCUAGCUGCAACGGGUGCAAAGUCAUUGACGAUUGGGAAAUGUGAUGUUGCAUUGGAGCUUGGUGCAAGGCUGAAUUGGUUGUUGCAUUUAGGGAAACCUCCAAAUGAAGAGGCAAAGGAAAAUGUGUCAAGAAUGGAGGCACAAUUGGCUAAGGAUGUUCGGCCAUUUAAUUUUAUGACACCAAUGAGGAUAAUUAGGGAUGCGAUUUUGGUGUCUAAGGGGGCGAACACAAUCAAUGUUGGUCGGGUUGUGUUGAUUCAGACGGAGCCGAGGAAUGGUCUGAGAUAUUGCAUUGCUGCGGCAGUAGCUUCACCUGGUCGGCUUGUGGUUUCUAUUGAAGGGGACUCUGGAUUUGGGUUUAGUGCCAUGGAAGUUAAGUCAUCUCCCUCGCCAACCGCUCUAUCCCCCUUUGAAUCCGAUUCAUCGCCUUACACAACGAGCAAUCAAUCAUACGGGUACGCCGCCCCAACAUAUGGGUACCUCACCGGUCGGCUGGGAAUCCUCCUUAGCGUCUCCAGCACUGUUGCGUCCAUGGCCUUGCGGGUCUUUCCAACGCCACCGUUAACUCCUGGCCCAUGGUCAUCAUCUCUGACUCCUGCAAUUAAAAAGACUCCGACCGCGAUGAUUUUCAAGAACUCGAUCAAAUCGCAUCAGUUAAACCCUUCUCGAGAUUUGCCACAAAAGCCAUGA